GGCGCUAGAGGGCAGCAGGCUGUCCGUUAUGACAUUCAGCAAACGAAGAAGAAGCAGAUUCCAGCAGUGACGUUCCUGGAGCCUUUAUGACGAAAGAGUGAUAGAAUGGCGAACGCGGGAAAUGAAGUCGCGUUUAAAAAGGAAACUGUUUCCAAACUUUUGACACGCUCUUUUAAGGAGGAUAAAACCAAAGUCAGCAGUGAUGCUGUCAUACUUGUAGCAGAGCUGCUGAAAGUAUUUGUUGAAGAGGCGACACGCAGAGCUGUUAAACAGGCUGACAGUGAGGAUUGUGACACUAUUGAUAUUGAGCACUUUGAAAAGAUUCUGCCACAAUUGCUUCUUGACUUUUAAUUUUGGUGAGGAACCAGCAGAUGGCGACGUAACCAAGUUGCUGAGCCUGAACAUCCUGGACUUCAGUUUGCAUAUUCACACAUGCUUCAAUCUUAUUUUGACAUUGUGUAUAUGUUAAAUGUUUGACUGAUUUAAUAAAAAAACAUUAUUUUAUUUUA